AAAUUGAUCAAAAUUAUUCUUUUCUUUGUAAUUUGUUCACCAUCAUGUCAUCCAUUUGAAACGAAAUAAAUACCCCUUUUCGUGCGAGGUUAGCACCCGGCUACCUUUUUAUUUUAUUUUAUUUUUUCUUUUUCUAUUUGGGGGGUGGAGGCUGAUGUAGGGUUGGGGUUUGUAAGGAAUGCUCAUGAACUUUUUUAUAGUAGGUUGCAAAAUGGGACAUUAUCUUGUUGUGUUGUAUUAUUUUUUCUUGUUUUCUUUUAUUGGGUUCUUGAUACUUGAGGAUCUGGAAAUGAUUGGGUUGAUAAUUACUAGGUAUAUUUUGAGCUGCGCUUUAUUGUUGUUUUACUUUUUCAAUCGUGUGCUGAUUGUGAUUGGUGAGUACAGGUUGAGUGGGAUGUGCUGAAACUGCCGUGUUGGAUGGAUAUGAUUCGUUGGUUAUGAGAAAUGGAUUAAAGUUUAUUACUACUAUGCAUUGUUAUUGAAUCUGUUGAUUCCUAUGACAGUGACACUAAAUUGGGUAGAAUUUAGACAAACUUGAUUCUGUGCGUCUAGCAUUUUAUAAAAAGUAAAAAGAUAGAAGGCAAAAGGAUAACUAAGUUUCUGAAUUAAAAUUUACUAACCAUUUAAGCCUUUAUUUUUUAAUAAAAUCGUUAAACAUUUAUUUUCAGUGAUUGAACUUUUAUUCGAGUAAAAAUUUUUCCAAUCAAAGGAUUAAUUUAGUGAAAAAUAAAUGCAUAGAGAUUUAAGAAGAUAAAAAUAGAUGUUAAAAGAUUCCAUAUAUUUCAAGAUUUAAUUUAAUUUUUAAUUUUUAUUUGAGGUUUUUAUUUUUAUCCUUUUGCCAAAAUAAAACAAAAUCCCCCUAAACCCUGACAAAGUCUUGGAAAAAGUAAGGGCUAUCAAAAUCUAGUACUAUUUUAUUUGGAACAAAAGAGAAAAUGGAAAAAGAAAAAAAAAACAUUUUCCCAAUUCGAAAAGGGUUUUUUUCGGCAAAAAAAGAAAAAAAAAAAUCUAAAAUGGUCCUUUAACUUUUUUCACAAUUGUUGGAUUAAAGUUUGAAAAGGAAAUUGUCGCAUCUAACCGUAUGUAUGUAUACAUAUAUUAUAUUUAGAGAGAGAUGAUUAGGCAAAAACACAAAACAGGUGAGCAUCCAAAAUUAGGAUGGAAUUGGUUCUGAUUUUUGACUGUAUCAGGGAGACAACUUGUGUUGUUGGACUAGAACACAUUGUAGUAGUUGGAGGAUGAAGAACUUUGUAUGCCCCCCCUUGCCUUUGGGCAUUCGCAUUGGCAUUGACAGCUUAUUCUGAUUGGACAAGUGGAGUAGUAGUAUUUAUUAUGAAUUAUGAUCGUAUAUGAUAAGGUUGUACUUUUUGUGAAUAAGGGUCUGACUGACUCUCACUACCGAAGGAAAAAGCAGCCACCAUUCUUGGAGUUUUCUCCCCACAAAUCCCCACUGCCACAGCCCUUCUCUGACGUACGCUCUAGUCGUUCUCAACCAAAACAUCCCCAGAUUCACUCCUCUGCUUUGGAAGCACGAGUAGCUCAGCUUCGCCUAUGUGCUGACGGUGGCGCCAACCUAGUGUACGAUGAAAUGCCUCUGUUGUUUCCUCAGGAAGAUGCCUCCGAUGUUCGACGCAAGUUUCUUUUCUUCUCUUUUAGUUAUAUACUUUGACGCUUCGGUUUUGUUUUUGUUUUAUUCCUCUUAUAUAAGUUGUUCGACGGACUUUAGUUGGAAUCAGUUUAUUUCCUUUUAUCUAAAUCAUGUGGUUUAUAUUCUUGUAUUAGUUAAAACCUUUGAAUUUGAUCAAAAUUUGGUCCAAGCAAUCGAUGAAUUGUUAGAACAUAGCUUCUUUCCAUUAUCAAAAUUUUUUAGGAUCAUUUCGGUGAAUUGAGUUUCUAAAUUGAUUUUUUUGUUCUAAGUUAUCCGGAAAAAUGCUUUCUUGUUGGUUUUUUUAAGCGACGUGAUAACAUUAGGCGCUUUGAUGUUUUAAUGCUGCAUUUAUAUCUAUCUAUUAUGUGGUAUUCACAUGUAUAUUACUUUUUAUUAUCUUACUUGCUAGCAUAUGGAAUCAUUCCUUUUUAUUUAGCUUGGCUGUAAAACUAUAACAGUGACGGCCCUAAUGCUGUAUCUAUUUCAUACUCUCAUCUCUCCCUCUGUCUAAUUUUCUCCCAUUUUCUUCUAGAGCUGGCUCAUUCCAGAUAAAACAGAGAUGAGAUAUGGUGGUUUAGUAAGCACAUUGAAUAUAGUUACAGCAGAGAAAGUGAUAGUGCAAUCUGAUUGUGAUCUUAUUUGGAUCAUUUCCCUUGAGAAGUUGUAGCGGCUUUGUAUUUCUGGUUGCCACAACUAGCUCAGGCUGAAGAUUUCACUUGUUCUAAACCUAGAUGGCAUUGAUCCUCUCUGAUUCUUAUGUCUUUGAGUUAUUUUUCUGUUUCAUUUGAUUGUGACAAUUUUCAAAUAAAAACUGUACCAUCUCUAUGUCCUUCAUGAUUUUUUUACAAUUUUAUUUUUCCAUACCAUUGUAAACUUGGACAUCGAAUUUGAAUCAUGAAGAUGAUAUUCAUGGUGUGGUAAUAUCAUUGUUUCACUUGUAUGUAAUAUUGAUGGUAGAGGAAAAUUACUGUUCCACUCCACAAAUUUUCAGUUGAGAUAAGUUCCCAGUUCCCCCAAGUUGUAAAGGGGGUCUAUUUGGCAUCUUCCUCAGUUUGGUUCCAAGUUUUUUGCAAUGUAAAAGGUUGUUAACUGAGGACUUGUUGAUGAUGUGGCCAUUUCAAAAAGAUUUGAGGUUGGCAGCAGUAACGAAUUGCUGCAAUGUUGUCCAAAUGGUUCCAUUUGCUGUUUUAUUGCUGUCUGGUUAUCCUGUAAUUGUAGCCUGUCAAUUAGGUGAACUGUAUUUGAGAUAUUGACUGAUUGGAUACCAUCAUGUGUCUUCUGAAGCACACAUCAAGCUAUCCUCUCUUCCGAAGCUUCUGACCAAAUUUUUGGUGAAGUAUAGGCAAAACCUACAAAAUAAACAUGCUUAAAUUCAUCAUCUGCUAGAAAUUUGAAUGUUUCUAGCUUCCAAGCUUUUCAUUCAAGGGGUGGAAACUUGUAUGUCUACGAUAUUAUUCUUGUCAUUGCUUUAAAGCAUCAUUUAUACUGGUCGAUUUAAUUGGAUUAGGAAAGUAUGGAACACAAAAGUGGCAAGGUGUUGAACUAAAUAACAUUUAUCAUUUUGGAUUGGUAGUCCAAGACUUUAGCUGUUUUGUUUCCAUUUAUUUUCCUAUUAUUUUUCUGCUUAUGGAGAUAUUUUUAUUUCCAGUGAGAAUUGUAUUCUGAACUUGACUUCUAACUAUGUCGAGGCCACUGAUAUUGGAGCUAUCUCCUGAAGAAGUAAUUGCUUCAAUGCAUAUGGACCUAAUCAGG